AUGGCGGCGAGGCCGGGAGCAGGCGGCCGCGUGCGCUUCAACGUGGGCGGGCAGGCGUUCGAGACCACCACCACCACGCUCGCCAACGCCGGCCGCGACUCCAUGCUCGGCGCGCUGCUCGACGCCUCCUGGAACGUGCCCUGCGCAUCCGCCGGCGGGGAGGACGCGGCCGCCGAGUACUUCAUCGACCGCAACCCGGCGUGCUUCGCGGUGCUGCUCGACCUGCUCCGCACGGGCAGCCUCCACGUCCCGCCGCACCUCCCGGAGAAGCUGCUCUACCGGGAGGCGCUCUACUACGGCCUCCUCGACCACGUCCGCGCCGCGCGCUGGGGGACCUUCGACGGCGACCGCCUGCGCCUCGCGUCCUCCGUGCCCGGCCGCGCCCCCGGGGAUGGCACGGCCGUCCGCGCCGCGCCCGACGGCGGCUGCUGCGUCGCGCACGGGGGCGCCGUGCACGUCUACAACUGGAUGCUCGACGAGCGCCGCCCCGUCUCGCUCGACCACUCGCAGGUCAACGACGUCGCCUACCUCGACGCGUCCACGCUCCUCAUCGCCGCGCGCGAGCGGCUCGGCAAGUGCGACGGCGGGAUGGCCGCCUUCUCCGCCGUCUCCGGGGACCUCCGCCACCGAUUCCGCGUCCAGCACGACCGCCAGGCCAAGUCCUUCACCGCCGGCGCGCUGGCCUUCGACAGGGACUCGAGGAUCUUCGCCAGCUGCAAGGGCCGACUCAAUGAGUACGGCAUCGGCGUCUGGGACAGCGCCACCGGCGAGCAGGCCGACUUCUUUUACGAGCCACCCGGCUGCGCCCUGGGCGACGCCGACAGGCUCCAGUGGCUGGACGCCACCAACGCGCUCAUGGUGGCCACGCUGUUCCCCAAGACGGACAACUGUUCCAUCGGCCUCCUGGAUUUCCGGGACAAGAGCGUGGCCUGGUCGUGGUCCGACGCCGGCACGGCCGCGUCGCUCGAGGAGAAGCGCGUGCUCCACGCCAUCGCCAUGGAGGACGAGCGGUCCGUGUGCGUGAUCAACCAGUACGACGACCUCGGGUUCCUGGACCUGAGGAGCAACCCCGGCGCCGUGCGGUGGAGCUCCCGGAGCAAGCUGAUGAACCGGAAGGCGCCCGGCGAGGAGAGCUGCUACCCGAAGCUGGCGACGCACGGCGGGCAGCUCUUCUCGUCGAUGAACGACAGCAUCUCCGUGUUCAGCGGGCCCGAGCACGUGCUGACGUCGACGCUGAGGCGGAGCUACGGCGGCGCCAUCUGCGACUUCUCCAUCGGAGGCGACCGCCUCUUCGCCCUGCACAACGAGGAGAACGUGUUCGACGUCUGGGAGACGCCGCCGCCGCCGAUCAUCUGA